AAAGAAAUCUAGCUGCUGCCAUAGUCGCUGCCUAUUUAUUACACACCCAAUUCUCUCUCUUCCGUUCUCCUGGAUCGUGGCUCGGCAGCAAUCAUAUUCUCCAUUCUCUUGAGAACCCUAGGCUAGUGUCUUGUUGCUGGUCUCUAGCUUUCUCACAGGCGUAGUUCUGUUGGUUCUCUAGGCAUGGCGAGAAAAAUGCUUAUUGAUGGGGAGCUGAACAAACCAAGCGAAGAGGCUCACUACGAUUUUGAUUUGUUUGUAAUUGGAGCUGGAAGUGGUGGUGUUCGUGCAGCUAGGUUUUCAGCAAAUUUUGGAGCUAAAGUUGGUAUUUGUGAACUACCUUUUCAUCCAAUCAGUUCAGAAGUAAUUGGAGGAGUUGGUGGAACGUGUGUAAUUCGUGGUUGUGUUCCAAAGAAGAUUUUGGUGUAUGGAGCAUCUUUUCGAGGUGAAAUUGAGGAUGCCAGGAAUUAUGGGUGGGAAGUGAAUGAGAAUGUUGACUUCAACUGGAAAAAGCUUUUGCAAAAGAAGACAGAUGAAAUAGUAAGACUAAAUGGAAUUUACAAGCGUUUAUUGUCAAAUGCUGGAGUUAAAUUGUAUGAAGGUGAGGGAAAGAUAGUUGGUCCUACUGAAGUUGAGGUAACACAAUUAGAUGGCACUAAGUUGUGCUAUUCGGCAAAGCACAUAUUGAUUGCUACUGGCAGUAGGGCUCAGCGGCCUCCUAUUCCUGGGCAUGAGUUGGCUAUAACCUCUGAUGAGGCAUUGAGCUUGGAUGAGUUGCCUAAGCGUGCCGUAGUGCUUGGAGGAGGGUACAUUGCUGUUGAGUUUGCUUCAAUAUGGCGUGGUUUUGGAUCUAAUGUGGAUAUAUUUUUCAGGAAGGAACUGCCAUUAAGAGGUUUUGAUGAUGAAAUGAGAGCUAUGGUUGCAAGAAAUUUGGAAGGAAGAGGAAUUAAUGUGCACCCCAGGACAAGUUUGAAAGAAUUAAUUAAAACAGAGGAUGGCAUAAAAGUAAUUACAGAUCAUGGUGAAGAGCUGAUGGCUGAUGUUGUACUCUUUGCUACUGGUAGGGCCCCUAAUACAAAGCGAUUGAAUUUAGAUGCUGCUGGCGUGGAAGUUGAUCAAAUAGGAGCUGUUAAGGUAGAUGAUUAUUCACGCACCAAUAUACCAAGUAUAUGGGCUAUUGGAGAUGUUACAAAUCGAAUGAACCUUACUCCUGUUGCCUUAAUGGAAGGGACCUACUUUGCUAAAACUGUUUUUGGGGGGCAACCUAGCAAACCAAACUACAGCAAUGUACCCCAUGCUGUGUUUAGCAUACCUCCCCUUUCUGUUGUGGGGCUCAGUGAAGAGCAAGCAAUUGAGCAAGCCAAGGGUGACAUAUUGGUCUUCACCUCGACUUUCAAUCCUAUGAAGAACACAGUAUCCGGACGGCAAGAAAAGACUUUGAUGAAGCUAAUUGUUGAUGCUGGGACGGAUAAAGUUCUUGGAGCAUCCAUGUGUGGGCCCGAUGCAGCUGAGAUCAUGCAGGGUAUUGCCAUUGCACUGAAAUGUGGGGCAACCAAGGAACAAUUUGACAGCACGGUUGGAAUACACCCUUCUGCUGCUGAAGAAUUUGUGACAAUGAGAACUGAGACGAGGCGUGUUGCUGCUGGUAAACCAAAGACAAACCUGUGACGUCAGAUGGACUUCAUGGUGGGUAAAUCGGGGAAAAAGAAGAGAAAGAAGAGAAAUCAAACUUCAUGCAGAAAUAGCCAAAAUAGUGUCUGACAAGUAAAUGACAUAAUCUCCAAAUUUCGUUCUUUAUGUUUGAAUCAUUAUUGUUUAAAAAGGCCAAGGAUGUAACUUGAACUGUUAGAAAAAACUUGCAUGUGAUA